AUCAACCACCGUUUGCUCACGAGACAGACAGCUGAUUUCCUGGUCCGACCAGUUCAUUUUGUGAGCUGAGUGUGUUUUUGUGUCGUGGUGGGCCCUCGGAUGUUCCCACCACCACCACCACCUCCACCUCCUCCUCCACCACCACCUCUCUCAUCCCGCGUCUCGACGGACCAAACGCUGCUGCUGCAGCAUCAGCACCACCGGCAGCCUCCAAACUGCGUUUUCCACACACAGCCGUGAUGGAUCCCUCUGUAAACCGGUGAGCUGCUAUCAGAGGACCGGCUCAACUGAAGGACCGACAAGCGAUGACGAGAAUGUGCCUUUAUUCUAAAGGAUAAAUAUCUCUAUUUCUAUCAAUGUUAUUAUAGGAGCGUCUAUGUUUACCUUCCUGACAGAUAAACAGCUGGAUGAGACAUGAACAUACAUCUCGACAUGUAAGAGCUGGAUAACUAUUCCUGUUGUGAGCGACAUCCAUCUGCAGGCUGAUCACAAUAACAUGAAAAAGGAUGAGCCCUUCAGGUCAGUAGACCCGUACUGAUUGGAGACAUGUUCUAAGGACGACAUCUCAGCCACCAUGAAAGGGUUAGGAGCCAACCGCAGUCGUCACCUUUCUGACUCGUGUGAACCGGCGGGAUGCCAACAGAAGCCUCUCUGCCCUAUGACCUCUGACCCUCACAGCUCCUUUCUGUUGAGCCCCACCAUAAACCACUAUGGCACCAUGGACCCCCAUCUCCACCAGUACAAUCCCACCAGCUCCACCACCAUGACCCCAGACUGCCUGCUACCUUUCAGCCAGAUAUCCAACAGCAGCACCUUCCCUCGUCUGCACUUCACCUCCCAGGCUGACCAGGUCGACUGCUCCCAGGCCUGUAUGGCCGGUGGUGGCGGAGUUGGGCAGGGCGGCAGACCGGGCGCGCUAUCCUCCUCCUUGUCUAUGGGCAUGGGCUUGGGUCUGGGCCUUACUGGUGCUCCCAUGAUCACCAGUGGAUCGGCCACCAUCUCCUCCGCAGCGGCAGCCAAGAUGAAUCGGUUACCCUCCAACCUUUUGGAUCAGCUAGAGAGGCACCUGCCCCUGCAGCGCGACGGCUUCAGCACGCUGCAGUUUCAUAGGGGACGCAUGUCGAAGCAACGCAGCGAGAGCCCAGGACGCAUACGCCACCUGAUGCACUCUGUGCAGAAACUUUUUGCCAAGUCCCAGUCCCUGGAAAACUCUGCAAUCAAAGGCAGCAUAAACGGGCGCUCUGCUGGAGGAAUGACCGGCACCACAGGAUCUGGUGAAGAAGGUGGUAGACCAACACGCAGGAGCAAGAGUAAAGACAGGGCUAAAACUGAGGGGCCAAAGCAGAGACCUAGGCCCAACGCACUAGGCCUCUGGAGCUCAGAUGACACCCUGGACACUGACACUACCAAAGCUGGCACUAUUGCUGUAGGUUACCGCAACCCGCUGACCAUGAUGACUCUUGGCAGAGCGGUGUCAGACAGCCAGGCCCCUCCCAGACACAUCCCACAGGGCUACAACACCAUCUCUGCACAUACUCUCAAGACCUCGAAAAGCAGCAGCGACCUCAAGUUCCUGGCGUGCCAGGUGACACAGGUAGGAUCCAAGGACGAGGAGGGGAGAACCAGGGGAAGCAAGGACGAUAUGCUGGUGAAGAGGGGCUCCUGGUCCACUCUCACCCUCAGCCAGGCCAGGCAAGUGUUGCAGAAGGGCUCUGCUACAGUUAACAGGACGCUGCUUAAAUCAAAGUCAUGCCACCAAGACCUGGCGCAGCAGUUCCUUCAGGUCCCAAUGGGUGACUGGGCAGGAACUCUGGGUCGCGGCCGGGGCAGAGGAACCGAGAUCCCCUGUCGAAGGAUGCGCAGUGGCAGCUAUGUGAAAGCGAUGGGAGACAUAGAAGACAGCGAGGACUCAGAGGGAAGCCCCAAACCUUCCCCCAAAGCCACCGCCCGUCGCCAGAGCUACCUGAAGGCCACCCAGCACUCCCUGAGUGAGCAGCAGCCUCCUCCACCUCAACGCAAGCCUCGUUGCUACGCUCUCAUGCGGGAGGAUUAUCUGUGGUCUCCACUACAGAGUGCAUGCUCUAUGCAGCAUCUGAGCUCCCUGCCGUCCCUGAAAGAACUGUCGACUAAUCGGAGCCUCGAUAACUUAGACUGCCUGGUGAGCCCGUUGGAGGCGCCUCCACGCUACAGGAACAGUGAUUUCAACCAAUGCUCUAGCACACUUGGCAGAGGCUCGGCCGCUCAGCGUGUGAGUCUGCACACGUUCUUUCAGGUAUACGGGCAGGGCUGUGGGCAUUCAGUACCGUACUGUGAGGCUGAAUCGCAAGCAGUGGAGGCUUUGGAUCUGCCUGCGCCCACGUGCUUCCGGUCGCGCAGCCACAGCUACCUGCGGGCCAUCCAGGCAGGCUGCUCCCAGGAUGAAGAUACGGCCUCUGUGGACUCCGACUCACCACCACCCACCACUAUAGGCUACAGCUACAGCUCCAACACCACAGUCAGCAAUAGGAAGGCUCCUCCUCCAGUCCCACCCCGCACCACAUCCAAGCCCCUCAUCUCGGUGACGGUGCAGAGCAGCACAGAGUCGGCCCAAGACAUAUACAUCGACCAGCAGGACCGCGGCAGCGAGGCCAACAGCCAGUCGGGACGCAGCAACUCCUCCGACAGUCUCUGUAGCAUCCGCACGGGCAGUCUGGCUAAGUUGACCCGACCUCUACCAGUCCCUGUCCCUGUCCCUGCUGGAUUCCCUGCACCCGCUGCAGGCUCUGCACAUCCUGUUCCAGCCCCUCGUGACCUCCCUCCCGCCACUGUUGCCACUACCACCACUUCCACAUCUACCCAGUCCCAAAAUGACACCCUGAGCUUUAGUUUCACCCUAGAGCAGCCCCCGACUGCAACCAAGAGGAAACUGUCCUCUAUCGGAAUUCAGGUGGAUUGCGUUCUGCCAGUCUUAAGAGAAGAACCACUAUCCCUGACUGCCCCCCUUAAGUUUCAGUCAAUUGGAGUUCAAGUGGAGAACGGCAGGCCUCUCAGCCGGGACAGCAGCAUGGCCUCCAGACAAAAUACAGAGACUGAGCCUCAGGAGCCCCAGGAUGCCGCACCCACAGAGAACAACACAGCCAACGGCCCCAACAGUCAAACAGCGAACGCCACCGCACCCAACAGACAGGACAAAGCCAUGGACCAGCAGCCCCUUAAACACACCUCAGCCCCAUCCAGGAUAUCCACCCCGCCCCCGGAGACUCUGGACCCGGCUUUAGACCCCUCCUCGCUGCCACCGCCAGAUCCCAGCCUGGAGACGGGAAACUGCAGCUCCCAUGGAGAUGCCGUUCAGCCCAGCACGCCAGCUUGCCUCCGAGACGGUAACUGGUUCCUGAAGCUGCUGCAGGCGGAAGCGGGGCGCAUGGAGGGCUGGUGUCAACAGAUGGAGAAGGAGACCAAAGACAACAAGCUGUCAGAGGAGGUUUUGGGGACGAUCCGCAGUGCAGUAGGCAGCGCUCAGCUCCUCAUAACAAAGAAGUUCGAGCAGUUCAGAGGGCUCUGUAAUGAGAACUUGGACGUAAACGCCAACCCACGACCAACAGCGCAGGACCUCGCGGGGUUCUGGGAUCUGCUACAACUCUCAAUAGAAGACAUCAGCAUGAAGUUUGACGAGCUUUACCAGCUGAAAGCCAACAACUGGCAUUUUCCUGAGAAAUCAGAGAAGAAGGAUGAAAACAAGCAGCUUCCAUCAUCUGUGCCAAAGAAGCAGACUAAGCCCAAGCUGUCGGCGGGGAAGGACAGGAGCGUGGACUCGGCCGUGGACAAACAGCGCCAAGAGGCCAGGAAGCGUUUGAUGGCAGCGAAGCGCGCGGCGUCAGUACGACAGAACUCCGCCACGGAAAGCGCCGACAGCAUUGAAAUCUACGUCCCCGAGGCUCAGACCCGCCUCUGAUGAGAGCGAACUAGCACAGACCAUCGAGGAAAAAUCCCUAAAACUCACAUCAGACUUUCAUUGACACAAACACACAGACAAAAUCUGAGACGAACACACAGACGUACAACGGAUGCACAGAAGCCGAUCCCUCAUAGCAGCACAGCUGAUUGACAGGAGAAACGCGGGGAUCACAGGGCAAACAAUCCAGAAUAAUGCAGAUCACCGACCCUGCUGCCAUGGGACAGAAAUAAACUUGACACAUGUUUAAUACUAUUGUUAUUAUAAUAAUUAUCUCCUAAAGUAUAUCAGGACUGUCUUAAAUGUGCAAGUAUCUUGGAUAAGGACAUCCUGUACCUUGUGAGCUGAAGAAUCUUGGUAUCCCAGAAGUGUACUCUCUUAAAACUCCCUUCACUGCUGAGUCUACCGGCAAGUUUGUGGCUGCCUGGUUUACGAGCUGAGCUACCAUCCACACACACUCAGGACACACAUGCAGGUGUACUCACUGUCCACAGAGUCUUCCUGUUCUCUAUUUGUAUUAGGCUGCCACUCGAUCGGGUGUGGUGUGUACGCUUCACAGCGUACAAACUAUAAGAUGGUGUUAAUGUACUUUAAAAUGCAGAGAACCAGAGGAAGGCAGUAGCAUAUAUAUUAUAAAUAUCACACUAUUACAAUGUUCAUUUUGUAAAUGUUGUAUACCAGAUUAUUUGUUAGAAAGAGGUCAGUGUUGAGUACCAAGGUAGUUUUUUAUAGAUCGAGUACAUGUACUGUCAUGAUAUAUUAGCACUUGAUGCAAUCAUUCACUCCACCUCUUUCUCUCUCUCUCUCCUUUUCACAAACGCACACUACACAGUCUGUGUCUGUGAAUACCCAUCGUUUAAAGUCUUACAUUUGUUUAGUUUUCGUGAAGGGAUGUGAGGAACGACUGCACCGCCAGUGAGCUACAGAGGAAUGUAUGAAGUUGUACGCAUCAUGUCGACUUGAUCACUGCACUUUUCCAUUCACCUCAGAUCAAGUUUUCGCUCACCUUGGUUUGCCUAAUCAUUCUGACUUUCACUGCAUCCUCACGCGAUGUAGGGGGACCAAGACGUUCACCACUCGAUAUAUGGCAUUCCCAUUCAACCAGACUGCUUGUGAGAGGGUGGGGGUUUACUUGCCACUGGAAAGGAAAUGGAAUAGCAUAGCAAUAAUAGAAUCGUGAUAGAGCGAGCAAUGCAGUAGGUACCCAGUCUUAAAUUAUUUAAUUCAACAUUUCCGUUAAGACUUUUCUUAGCAUGAAGGAUGAAUGUUUAUUUCUUUUUAUGAACUGACUGCCCUUGAAAUGACCAAAAUCUCAGGUUGAACUCAACAGUAAAAAAAACCACUAUGGAUGGAUUAUUUAUUAUGUAACCACAAAUUAACUGGCCAAAUGCUUCAAAGCCAAUGAUGAAUAUUUCAAAUCCAGACCUACUCAGUGUUCUUUGGUAAGAAAAAAUUAAGGUUUGGAGCAGUGAGGCUUAAUUUGACUGCUGAAGUCAUCAGUCUCCUUCGCUGCCCUUUCUAGCAGCUUGAACUCCCACCCCUGUCUGUUGAGAAUGAACUGUGGUACAUUUUUUUUUUAAUUUAAAAUUUGAAUGUCAUUUGACACGCUUCGUGACCUUCAUCCGAAAUGAGGUCAACAUAAACAUGUCUUGACUUCUGUAAUUAUGAUAAUAAAUGGUGCUGCGUGGGACUUCAUAUUGUGCCAAGACGGCAACGAUCAUCAACAUUUCAGUGUCAUUUGAUGAAGCAUUUAUUUAAAGUGAUUUUUUUUUUUAUUUAAUCUGCUCAUGAUUUCAGCUGUCUGUGUGCGCAUUCUCAGCCAAGUUUGUUUGUGUUUGCAUCAGCUCAUUCCACAUACCACAUUGUAUAUGUCUCAACUCAUGACACUUUGAGUAUGGGACUGGAAUAUUUCCUACGUUUCUCAAAUGGAAUCAUGAGUGGAACUGGGCGUACAUAGCAGAUAAUCAUGCACAAGUGUAGGUUGACUCACUAGUUGUUGUUUUUUUAAAGUAAGAGCUGGCUCUCCCCCUACUGGUCAGUCCUUGCGCGACACUCCAGACAUCUUUGUUCUGCUCCAUUUUGAAUCUUUUAGUUCACAUCACACACAUGAAAUGACGUUGAACUGGGAAUGCUGACACAACACCAAGUUGUUGAUUUUUUCUUAUUCUCUUGUUUGUAUUACAUCAACAAUGGACAUGUGCAUUUCAUUGUCCAAAGAAAUCAUUAAACAUCCCUUUGCUACAUGUCCUGGUCAUCAUUCUUGCUGUCGUUUUUUUACAUCAUUAAAACAACGGUAAUAUUAGCUGCUGAGUUAAUAUUACACACAUCAUAAGCAUUAGAUUAGACAUGUUAUUGUUACUGUGUAAUCUCGAAAAGCAUGGCCUUCUUACAUAUGAAAAUAUACAAAGAUCCUUGCCAGUGAAUUUUCAGUACUCCUUUAAAUGGGUCUUGCAACUGAUCUGAAACUAUUCAAUCUGUGUAAGGCAUUCAGGGUAUGUACUGUACGUAAGAGUUUAUAACUGUGACUGACAAAUGGUGGAAAGUCCUCUCUUUUUUGUCAUAUCAUUUGAGAGCCGGAUCCCUUUAUUUGCCCGCAUACUGAACUUUAAGAGAGCACGAGCUGAUCAGGGAUCUUCAGAGGGAUUGUUUACCAGUACUUCCUGAGUUUCAAAGGGCUACAAAAUGGACCAGAAGGUGCAGCUCUGGAGGCAGAUUAUGUGGACGUGCUGAUGUGGACGAGGCAAUAUUCUCGGGUUAAGUGAUUUCUGGGAUUUAUCUAGGAAUAUCUUUGAGAUAAAAAAACUGAGUCAUUGCUUGAUGGACAGAAACACGCUGAGAAUUAUAAGCCCAUUCUGACUUCAGUACCCACAUCUCUCUCUUGGCAUCUGUCCUUUUAAGAGACCCAGCUAGGAAAACGAGCAAAAACUACGUAGUUCCAGAUUAUCUUGUACCGACGAACAUUAUUUUACAAAACAAGCACAUAUCUUACAGACGAGAGAAGUGGUUGUUUCAUGUUAUGGUGUAUUAGUUAGACACUGUGAGGCUAGUUUCUUUUAAGAGAAUAAAGACUUGUGAUUGCAACGAGUUACGUGGCAUAUUUUCUGUAUGAAAUAAUCUGUAGAAUUAAAGAGGAAUGCCACUCAA